ACUUGGUACAUAUGAAUAUAAAUUGAUUAAUAUCCGAAAGUUGUGGUAAAUUCAAAAUUUUUUUUUUCUGACUGUGGAUGAAAUUAUGGGGGAUAAUAAUCUCAUUAGAAGAAGUCAAAGACCACCCAAAUCUUGUUUCCAAUGUUCUAAAAGAAGAGUGAAGUGUAAUAAAGAAAUCCCAUGUGAUACUUGUAUUCGACGGGGGAAACCCGAUUUAUGUUAUCGAGAAAGAGUAAUGGUGGGGGGUGAGGUUCUUAAUAAGGAAGAACAUGAACUCGAAAGAUUACAAAUAGAAAAUAAACUCCUAAGAGAAAGAGCCAAAAACUUAGAACUUGCAUUUGAUAGAUCAAAAUUUGCUGAACAGAAUCAAGCAGUUGUAAAAAAAAACAUUGACCUCUAUUCUAAUUCAAUUCAUGUUGCAACUCAUUAUUUUGAUACAAGAAAUAUUAAAGGGUUUAUUGCAUUUGAUAAGAAAUCAUAUAUCAAGUUAAGUACUGUAAUAACUCGAGAUGUUUCUACAAAGUUAGUUAAUUUCCAUCUUGAAAAGUUACUCUUUUUCCAUCUUUCUAUACAAUCUGAAACUUUUCAACAAGAACAUAGUGACUUUUGGAAUGAUGCUAGUAAUCCAAAACAUAUCACUUUGGAAAUAGAUCGUACUCUUGAUGAAUAUUUAUGGUGUGCAAUUUGGUAUGCAGUUUUAAGUGGAUCAUUUUUUACAUUGGAUGAACAACUUGAAAAAGAUUUAGGGAUGAAUGAAGAAGAAGCCUUUGAAUUAGCCCGACUCGCAAGUACUGCUUCAUUAGAAUGCUUACAUCGCGGACAAUUCUUAAGAUAUCCAAAUAUAAGAUCUGUUCAAGCCUUUUGUAUAUUAGCAUUAUGUUUCCAUGGAUUCUCAGGUGUUCAUUUACAAAAUACAUUAUUGAGUGCGAUAAUUUAUGUUGCAAAAGUCUUAAAUUUACAUUGUUUAGUUCCUGAAAAAAUGACUGUUUUAGAUUAUGAAUUAGGUUCGCGAAUGUGGUGGGUACUUGUUAUUAUUGACUGGUUGGAGGUGUACAAUCGAGAUUCUUUACUAUCCCCAAGUGAUUUCACCACGAAAAUGCCAAGAGAUAUCGCAGAAGUAAAUCUUUUACAUUCUUAUGCUGUGGUAACAGAUGAGGUUGUUGAAAUAACUUACAAUAAAUUUCUCGUUGACCAUGCAUAUGUUCGAAGACAUUUAUAUUAUGACACUAAAAUUGAUGUUAGUGAUUUAUCAAUAUCUGGCCUUAAGUUAGCCAGACAUGAAAUAUACACAUUGAAGAAUAAGAGUCUUGAUAGGUAUAAAGAAAAAUGCUUUGCUAAGUUUUUAUUGAAGAUUAAAUUUACUCAUGAGAUUAUGGAGAUUAAUAGAAUGUUAUUGAGUUAUAUUCCCGAGAAAGAAUGGCUACAAUCUGAAAGAUUUGAAUGUCUAACUUCGGCGAUGUCUAUUUUAGUAGACAUAACUGAUAGUACUAUUCCAUCUUAUUAUCGAAAAUAUUGGUUACCUUUGGAACAUUCCGUUUCAGCUUGUGUUUAUUUACUUCUUGAUAUCAUAAUCAUACGUCCACUAUCACCGGAAGAUACUAGAAUGGAAUUAUUAACCAGAACUCUACCAAUAUUGAAAAGUUUACAAAGUACACAUUUAUCUGCCAGUUCUGGAUUACUUAUUAUAGAACCUUUAUUUCAUUCAGCUCUUCAUCCUACAAAUUCCAAAUUUGAACCUACUCAAAUUAACAAUUUAUUGGAAAAUUUGAAUGCAUUACCUAAAAUUCAUAUGAAUGAACCUGGAUUAAAGUCAAAUAUCCAUCUAAAUUCAAUUUUAGAAGAUAAAGAAUGGAAAGAGUUUUUAAAAUUAGCUCACAGUUUUGAAUAAAAAAUUCUACCAUUGAUCAAAACAAAAUUUGGAUACUAAUGAAUGUUGAUGCAAACAUUUCUGAUACCUUACGUGAUGUCAUUCUGUGUUUGACAAGGGUAAGAGUUUGAUGUUGGUAAUUCAUGUGUAAGACUCCUUUUCAAAACUUACAUGAAAUACAUAUAGAAAAGAGAUGUGUGAAAAGAGAUUCAAUGCGUUUAAACCGAUUCUUCACAUCAUUCAGAAUCUUAUAUCAUUUAUGUAUGCUAUUAAUGAAUAUUAGCCAUUUACAAACCGAUAGUACGGCUUGAUUGAUGCAAAAAAUAAGCACUUUUGAAAUUAACUUGCCGCGGCUCAUGCAGAAAAAUAAAAAAUAUAAACCAUCAAAUAUGUUGCAAAAUAUACGAGAAAAACCUAUAUACUAAGGAAAUACAUCAACUUGCUCCACCAGAACUUCACUAGACACUUCAUUUGAAAGAUCCUUUAAGAAUAAAUUAUCGACUUCCACCAAUGCAACACCUUUAUCUUCAACCCAAACAAAAUAAACGAUUGGAAGAAAUAUACUAUUAUAACCAGCAUUAAAAUAGAACUUCCAACUGACUUCUGACAUUGCAAUAGGUAGAAUAAAACUAAUCAUAA